CGGACUUCCUCAAACGCUUUAGUUCAGACAACUUUACUUGGAGCGUGGAGCAGGGAGGUCCCAGCGGAACGUACAAAUGGCCAAGAGUCACACUCCUCCCGAGACAAGAUAUAGAUUGAAGAUUUUGUAUCUUUUCACAUAUUACUUGAUACAGUUCUGUGGACACUCAUGGAUAUCUUCAAACAUAGUUGCCAGGUUCUUAACAUUUGGGGAAGACAGUCUCGUGGACACGUAUUAUGCCAUAGGAGCUGUGAUGUGUUCUUGUCAAUUGCUUUCGAAUCUGGAGUUGAUCCAUCUAAUCAUUGGCAUUGAAUGUGGCCCAUUCCUUCCCCGAUUCUUACAGCUGACUGAAAGGAAUGUGAUCCUUUAUGUGGUUAUAGCUAGUCAAGAAGAGAUGCAAAACAAGAGCAUUGUUUGGGCCUUGUUUGUCUUCUGGAACGCUCUGGAUGUAAUCAAGUAUACACAUAACAUGUUAACAAGUAUUGGAAGUGAUUUUUAUAUUUUGUCAUGGAUUUAUCAUUCCCUUUGGGUGCCACUUUACCCUUCAAUAAUCCUGGCUGAAGUAAUUGCCAUUUAUCAGUCACUGCCCUAUUUUGAACUUUAUGGAACUUACUCCUUUGAAUUACCUGGACCCAUCGGCAUUACAGUGCAUUUUCCAUAUAUGUUGCAGCUCUACUGUCUAAUCCUUGUUGCUGGUAUGUACAGCAGCUGCAAACAAUUUUAUGAAGAACGAAGGCAAUUCACAGGAAAUUACAAAAUUAAAGAGCAAUAAAAUUAAAUGAAACCGAUAACCAUCCAACUCCAUCACAGGAAUCUACAAUGCUGCUGAAAUAUUGGGAGAUAAUGCUUCUGUAUGCUCAUAUAACAUUUGAAUGCAAUUAAACUAAGUGUAAAGCAGAGCUCAGUAUAUGGCAGCGUCACGUACAAAGGGUUUGAUCGUAACUCCCAAAGAUGAAUGGGUUGCUGUCAGGUCAAAGGUUAAAAUUGAAAUAGCAUGAAUCAAGAAGCCAACUUACCUUGAACCAACACAUUUCCAGUUUCACCAGAAAACAGGGUAUCUUUUGGAUGACUAAUCUGCUCUCAAAGGGCAAGGUGAUCACUUUAAUAUUAAUAACACAUUCUGGGAUUUUAAACCACAGAAUGCCACAUUUCCCAGGUCCCACGAAACCCAAAAUGUUGAAGAGAUGUAUGCGGUAAUUCCUUUGCAGAACAGUUUAUGGGCUAAGAGGAGCAGGAAUGCUUUCCCAAGUUCAAUAAGCAAUCUAUAUUUACCCUACCCCCCCAUCACUAUCUACUUCUUCUGACUAUCAAUCAAAUAGGCAGUCCUCCUCCCACCACAACGAAGAAGUUUCUGACCAUCGCACCUUUCCCCUAAUUUUUUCUGGACACCCCAACCACCAAUGGAUCAUCUGAGGGCCCGUCCUGUUAUUUACAUCCUGCAGGUACAACCUGUGGGCUUUUUCAUCUAUGGGAUGCUAGCAUCUUAAUCAGGCUACCUGGGAAAAGAAACUUAACAAAGAAAUUGCUAGAAACAAAGCAGGAAAUUUGGGAGAAGCAUUCCUUCAGGUUUCCAGACCUCAGGUGGAAUCUGAAACCUGGAAGCAGAACAAUGGACUAAAUGGCAAACCACACUUUUAAAAUAACCUAAUUUUAAAGAAUCUGAAAUAUAACCAUUAGCUAUUACAAUAAAACUUUUAGAAUAUUAACUCUACAACAGCAAUCUUUCUAUAGUGCUCUUGAGACACUAAAUAUGUAAUUGUUUAAUGUGACGUUAUAUAGCAAGGUGCUGUUAUAUAAGGGAAUCAGUAAAGUCUACAUGCAGGGGGGAGUUGGAAGCAAUUAAGUAUUUCUCAUAACUGGGCCAAGUUGUUAAUUGAAUUGAAAUGUUUUGUUUGCACACAUACCAUGUGAAGCGCUUUGUCACCCUAGACUGCAGUGAGGUGCUUUUUGGAUGCUUGUCUUUAUUUUUUGAAGAAAUUGGUUUAUUAUUCAACAGGAUCUGAAUAUAUAUUGAAGUCAUACUAGCUGUAAAUUAAGUUCAGUUAUGUCAAGAUGAACAGUGAGAUUCUAUCGGUAAUAUCUGGUUAACUCAACAGUACCAAUAUUUAACAUUAUUUUGUUGAACAUUCAUGCAAUAUUCUCCAGAUAUAUUUGUUGUUCUGGUCAGAGUUUGACUGGCUUUCAUUAGAAUAGAAAUAGUUAAGCAGUCAGAUAGACAAUAGUUAGGCCUCUACAUCCCACUUAUACUGGUUUAAAGUUCACAAAAUGGCAGUUGCAAAUUUGCCAGUUUUGGGGGAGGGUGUUAAAGCAAGCAGAACAAAAUGAAGUGGUAUGUGAGAAUAUUCAGUUCAAAAAACAUGCAUUGUUUAAUUGAUUCACUGAACGGGUAUGGGAAGUGAUAAUUCCACAACCAAAAGUGAUACAAACAGCUGAGAAUAGAGAACCAACAGACUUUAUAGUUUGUACAUUCAACAGCCAGUGUGAAACAUGUAGUUGCACAUUCAACAAUAGCUGGAAUGAUCUUGUUUGCACUGUAUACACAGGCUGCAUUUCAAAAUGCAUGGCUCGGGAAAGAGGUCUCUACUCCUGCCUGGAUACUUAUACUUACAAAACUCUCGAUAUGUUGCUGAAAAUAUAGUUCCACAGAAUAAUGUUCCACAUGCACCACCUAUCCCCACUUCCCCAACAUUUAAGCUGGCAAAACAUUUUUAGACAAAAAUGCUUUGAGGUUCCAGCUAACUUCCUUCUGAGCACUUGAUACACAAAGUUAACACCACAUGAAACUUGCACUGUGUGCUACCACAUCCUGUUAUCCAUCAUGCAACAUCAUAAAAGAAAGUAUAAAACAGCAGCAAAUUUUAUGUUGAGCCAAACUAAAAUAAAUGGGAAAAUGUCUCAGAAAAAAA